AUGUCUCUGAACAGUUACCUGAACAAAAAAGUCUGUCUCAUCCUCGUCGACGGCCGCUGCAUGGUCGGCAAGCUCAUCUCGUGCGACCAAGUCACCAAUCUCGCGCUCGAAGGCUGCGUCGAGAGAAUCAUCCGAAGUCCGGACGAUGACGAGGCGAGCGAAGAGGAAGCUCGAGGCUUGUUCAUGGUGAGAGGAGAUAAUGUGGUGGUGUGCGGUUUGGUGGAUGAAGAGCUUGACGCGUCGAUCGAUUGGACCAAAGUCAGAGGCGCGGAGAUUGGGUCCACGAAACAUGUGUGA